UCGCAUUUCCCACUCGACAGUUGAACGGACUGCAGCCGAUCUAUCUAUCAGCACGAAUCCAGCGCUUCGAUUACCAAUUUAGGAAAAAGAUUUAUUAUGUCUGAGGCCACCAAUGGAAACGGCGAGUUGCCAGUCGACAACCUGCCUAAAUGGCUGCCAAAUGUAACUUUGGAGAAGGCGGUGCAAGCUCAAAUCGGGGAUUUCGAAAGGAUCAUCUCUGUUAGCCCCCAAAAAGGCAUCAACGAGGGCGAAAACUAUUCUUCUCUGUUUCUUCGAUUGUUGGUGGAAGUGGAGCUGCAUGAUCACAGCACCAAGAGCAUUUCCUUCGUUCUAAAGGCGCAGCACAACAACGAGAUGAUGGCCGCCAUCCUGGCCAGGCUGAAGCUCUUCCAGAAGGAGGAGCUGAUGUACCACAGCAUUCUGCCCAAGUUCGAGAAGUUCUACGCGGACGCGGGCAAGCCCAUCCAGUUUGCUCCUCGCGCCUUCAAGGUGGAUCGCGAUCUCGGAGUGGACUACAUUCUGCUGGAGGAUCUGCACCGCAAGAACUUCAAGAAUGCCAAUCGCCUGGCCGGUCUGGACCUCGAUCAUAUGCUGAAGGUCCUCGAGAAACUCGCUGCCUUUCAUGCGGCAUCCGCCUGCUACGUGGAGCACCACGGACUCUUUGGAGAGGAGUUCACGGUGGGCGUUUUCAGCGAGGCCAACCGCCAGCUGCUGCAGGAAUUCAAUGCCUCUGGUGACUUUUUAGCCCAGCUCAAGAAGUGGAAGAAUGCCCAGAAAUUGUACGAAAAGUUGGCUGAUAGCGAUGACUAUUUGGUGGAUCGCCUGCUGGAGGAUCAGCAGUACAAUGCCAGGGAAUUCAACGUGCUCAACCACGGUGAUUGCUGGGCAAAUAACAUAAUGUUCCAACACGAUGCAUUUGGAACUAUAAAGGAUACCCUGUUCGUGGACUUUCAAGUGGGAAAGUAUGGAAGUCCGGCCAAUGAUCUGUACUACCUAAUCUUGUCUUCGGCUGCCCCCGAGCUGAAAACGGCCAAGUUCGACUACUUGGUGCGCUACUACUUUGAUAAUCUUGUCGAGAAUCUGAAGCUGCUGCAGUACCACCGACCAUUGCCCAAGUUGAAAAACCUGCAUGCAGCCCUCUUCCGCAAUGGAUUGGCUGCCUAUAUGGUGGUCUCCAAGGUGCUGCCCGUCGUCAUGCUGGACAAGACCAACAACGCCAAUCUGGAGAACUAUAUGAGCGACGAGUCGAAAAUGAAGGCCGCCAUGUUCACCAACCCGAAAUAUGUGCAGGUGAUGACGGAGGUACUUCCAUGGUUGGACAACCGCGGCCUGCUCGACUGGAAGUGAUUACCUCCCAAAAUAUGUUUGCUAAUGAUGGAUUCGUACUAUAAUAAUGACUACUUAAUUGCGUCACCUGAAAAUUACUUUACCUGUCAAAUAAAUAUGUAAUUAUAUUCGAAAUAACCUUUGACUGGUGAUUAAAUAUUAAAUUGAACUGUGUUGCAUGGAAAAACUA